UCUCUUGUGCGUCGUGAGCGUCUCUCCGCUGAUGCUCCCUGUUUCCCGGACUCCUCGGUGUCUCUUCCCGGUCUUGGAGCACCAUGGCGGUCAGCGGGUUCCAGAAGCUCACCGUGGCUGCGGUGGUGGCGUUGUGUGCGGCUCUGAUCCUGCCAAAGAUGCUGCUGCGGAGAGAGCCCUCGGAGGAACAAGGUCCAGGCCGGUUCCCACCCAUGAUGCACCGCCAUGUGACCCCUAACCCUGGGGGGCAGAGGUCAGCUGGGGUCAGGGGUCAUGCAGAGGUCAGAGGAGCAGGAAGUGGAGGAGUGGGCACAGGAAGCGGAGGGGCGGGGACAGGAAGUGGCCCUGGAGGGAAAUCCAAUUUGGCGGCGCAGAUCAUCCCAGUGUACGGCUUCGGGAUCCUGCUCUACAUCCUCUAUAUACUAUUUAAGAUCACGUCCAAAGGGGGCAGUAAACCGGCCCAGAGUCGCUUCCAGUCUUUGAGGUCUGAGAACAACAAGAGGAAAAUCACGGACUUUGAGCUGUCACAGCUUCAGGAGCGUCUGAUGGAGACAGAGUUUGUGAUGGAGACACUGGUCAACUCCUCGGGCCUUCACCAAGACAAUCCUCCGUGUGUGAGCUUGGAUCAGGAGCAGAGCCUCCUCCAGCAGCUCACAGCCAUCACCCAGGUGAUGAAGAACAACCAGAUGGUCCAAGAUUUUACUGCAUUCACCCCACAAGAGGAGAGGGAGGAGUGGGAUGAGACAGAUUUGUGCGACGACUUUGAGCCGUUCUGGAACCGCUGCGACUGUCACUGUCAAACCCACGAAGAACAAACAGACCACGAGGAUCGACCAAUGAGAGACAACGAUGGGCCAAUCAGAGAUGAGCAACAGCUAAAUGGAGAUGAGGACCGGCCAAUCAGAGAUGAGGACUGGCCAAUCAGAGAUGCAGAUGGUCCAAUCAUAGCCUCGGACUGGCCAAUCAGAGACGAGGAUGGUCCAAUCAGAGACGAGGACUGGCCAAUCAGAGACGCAGAGGGUCCAAUCAUAGCCUCGGACGGUCCAAUCGGAGAUGAGGACAGUCCAAUCGGAGACGAGGGUGGUCCAAUUAGAGCUGAGGACGGUCCAAUUAGAGAUGAGGACGGUCCAAUCAGAGAUGAGGACGGUCCAAUCAGAGAUGAGGACGGUCCAAUCAGAGAUGAGGACGGUCCAAUCAGAGACAAGGAUGGGCCAAUCACAGACGAGUGCCAGGAACCAGGACAGCCCACAGAAGAGAAACAAACGCACCUACAGAACCGACCAAUCAAACAUGAGAAGUGGGAAAUCGACAAUGCUUUAGUCCUGCCCACAGAGGAGAGGGAAAGCGAGUGUGGCAGAGAAGAGGAGGAGGAGAGGGAGGGAACAGGAGGAUUGGAGGAGAGAGGAGACACUGUGCAUCUGAGCCUGGAGGAGCGAAAGAAUGACCAGCAUGAAAAAGAGAAAAUGAUACAGAGAGAGGAGGAAGAGAAAGAGAAGAAGGGAUGGAGGGAUUCUGAAGGACAGAGAGGAGAGGGAGAGAGAGAAGAGAGGAGAGAGAGAGGGAGUCUACAAAGCCCAGAGGCGCAACAUCUAAUUCAAGAGAGAACAGGAGAGAAGAAGGAAGAGAGAGAGGAUAGAAAGAACAGAGAAGAGGAGGAACAUCUAACAUCAAAGAGACGAAGAGGUCCACAGUGUCUACAAAGAACAGGAGAGGAGGAGGAGAGAGAGAAAGAGAGAGAUGGACAUGGUAUAAAACAGGAGGAAGAGAGAGUAGAAAAGGGUGAGAGAGUUCCACAAACAAAUGUUAGGCGCAGAAAGAGAAGACACAGAGGACGCAGAGAGUAGGAAGCAAGAAGAUGAGGAGAGAGAAGAUGAGGACCUUAAGAGCCACAGCCAUCAGUGCUUCCAGAAGAUUUUGAUACUUGAAUCAUUUUUCUUUACGGAGAGUUCUCAGAGACUCAGGAUACAGAGGAUUCAGCCAAAAAAUCUAAACUGUCAAAUAUUUAAUUGUGAUAAAGUUUGAAAAUAAUUUCGUCCACAUCUGUAGCAUGUUUCUACAACAAGAGGUCUGAAAAACUCUCCACCAUUCUGUACUGAGACAAGGGCCUAAGGAAGUAAGGAGACAGCCAAGGAGACAAGGAGGCAAGGAGACAGCCAAGGAUGCCGGAAGAUGAGGAAUGAUGCAAGAAGCUAUUUUGAUAAACAGACUUCUGAUGUGAUUCUUUUGUAUGCAUGUAUUUAUUGCACGUCAGAGACACAGGGGAGAAUUUCAGAGUAAUUUUUGUGACUGAGGUUAAAAUAAGCUGCAUAAAAUGCUGCAUGUUCAGACAAGAAAUAUAUUUAUAAAACAAAAUGUAAGUCUUGAAAAAUGCAAAAUGUCUAACUCCAGAAGAACUGGUUUAGUUUCACCAAAGUUUGUCUAGUUUUUAAGAAAAAUAAAUCUGCAAAU